AUGCAGUUCUCCGUCAUGACCAUUCUUACUCUGGCCGCCGUCGCCAUCGCCAGCCCCACAGGCUUUGCCAAGCGUCAGGAUAUUGGUGCCGAUAUCCCUGCCAGCACUCCUGCCAUGUCAGAUUCCCAGGGCAACGUCGUGCCCUUCAGCUCCAAGGACGUCCACCUGGGCGCCAUCAAGCGAGGAGUCUACAUCAAGAGGAGCUUCUAA